CUCUGAUUUCGAGUCUGUAGAGAACCGGGUGCGGUUUCAACGUCGAGGCAUCACCCGCUUCACCUCCAGACGACCAGUUCUCCACCCCACUUCGCCCACCGAGUGCCAGUGGAGCGCUUCCUUGACCUCGCCACCUCCUGUGCUCCCCCUCCUGUACUGGCGCCCGUUGUUUCUUUCCCUUGCCGGAUGCCCGCCGCCGGAGCUGAAGAGGGGGAAUGCAGCCGCCACAGCACUACCCGCCGACGCCUGAGGCGGGGUCGCGGGGGCCAGGGCCGGCCCCACCACCGUCGACGAGGCGUCCAUGGAACUCAGCAAGAGCUUCAUCAAGGCUCUGCAGGGGCUCCAUGUGAGAAGGCGAAAGAGAUUCUGAUGGAGGAAAGCAAUGUUCAGAAAUUCUUUCUUUAUGCUAAUGAUGAAGAUGCUGCAGAAGAUGGAGAUCAGGAUGCUGAAUUGCUGAUAGUUCGGUUUGAAAAAGGUUAGAUCUGAACAUCUAUGGUAGUACAUUGUUAUGUGACAUUGGUAAUUAUUUUUGGCAAUAUAGAUAAUACCGCACACACACACAAUGCACCUCAUAUACUGGUUGUGUUGUGAUUUGUUUA